UCUAAGUUGGGGAGAGCUGUGCCUGCACCAUGAGGCCGGCGCUCGCCCUGUGCCUCUUCUGGCAGGCGUUUUGGACCCCGCCGGGGGGUGCCGAGCACCCCACGGCCGACCGCGCAGGCUGCUCGGCCUCGGGGGCCUGCUACAGCCUGCACCACGCGACCAUCAAGCGGGCGGCGGCCCAGGAGGCCUGCAACUUGCGCGGCGGGGCGCUGAGCACGGUGCGCGGGGGCGCCGAGCUGCGCGCGGUGCUCGAGCUGCUGCGGGCGGGCCCCGGGCCUGGAGGGGGCUCCAAAGACUUGCUGUUUUGGGUGGCCCUGGAGCGCGGGCGCUCCAACUGCACCCUGGACCAGGAGCCUCUGCGGGGCUUCUCCUGGUUGUCGUCGGACGUCGGCGACUCCGAGGGCGACACGCUGCGGUGGGUGGAGGAGCCCCAGCGCUCCUGCACGGCGCGCAAGUGUGCCGGGCUUCAGGCCACCCGGGGGGUGGAAGCCGCCGGCUGGAAGGAGAUGCGGUGCCACCUGCGCGCCGAUGGCUACCUGUGCAAGUACCAGUUUGAGGGUCUGUGCCCCGCGCCGCGCCCCGGGGCCGCCUCGAACUUGAGCUACCGCGCGCCCUUCCAGCUGCACAGCGCGGCGCUGGACUUCAGUCCGCCCGGAACCCAGGUGAGUGCCCUCUGCCCCGGGCAGCUCUCCGUGACAGCCACCUGCAUCGCAAACCGGGGAGGCUGGCGCUGGGACGGGAUCGCCCCGGGGACUCCACUCUGUCCCUGCCCCGGGCCCUACCGACGAGCCGGCAAAUGCGCGCAGCUCGCAGAUUGUCUAGACGACUCGGGACGCUUCAGCUGCGAGUGUGCCGAGGGCUUCGCGCUGGGAAAAGACGGACGCUCUUGUGAGACCGGCGGGGCAGGACGGCGGCCAACUCCAGGAGGGACCCAGAUGCCCGGCCCACGGCAGCCGUCCAGCACAACAAGCCCCGUGCCCAAGAGACCUGAGUCGCCCAGCGUCCACCGGGAGCUUGGAGAGAUGCCCGGGGCUCCGGGACAAGGCGGUUCUACGACGUCAAGUCCCAAGAUGCCCCGGUGGGGAGCACAGAGCACGACAUCUGUCCUUCAGGUGACUUCUCAAGCCGCCAAGCCAAAGGCCACUGCCCCCUCCGCAGGACGAACAACUCCUCUGUUUAAUUCCACUUCUUCCCCGGCUGUCUCCCAGGUAUUCGACUCGUCCACCGUGGUCUUCAUUCUUGUGGCCAUCGCCAUAGUCGUGCUGGUGAUCUUGACCAUGACAGUACUGGGCCUUUUCAAACUUUGCUUCCACAAGAGCCCUUCCUCACAGCCCAGCAAGGGACCCCCGGCCAGGCCCGGCGUGGAGAGCGGAGCCGAGGAGACCUCUCGGCGUUCUGAUUCUGUUCCUGGCCCAGACCAAGGGGGAAAGCUGACCCGGGACAGAGCCGACGGCUCUUGGUUGGCAGAGCCCACUCCAGGGUCCAACGAUACAAAGGGAAACAGGGGACAGUGAGUCCAACGAUACAAAGGGAAACAGGGGACAGUGAGUACUUUUUAUUUGCAGACUGUUCUUUUUUCCCCUCCUCACUUUUCCAUGAAAAGAGGAAGAAGAGGAGUUUAUGUGUGGGAAAGGCAAUUUUCUUUACGAAUUCCUCCUCUCUCUAAGAUGUGUCAUCUCUCAUGAGGAGUUGUUUGGAGUGAUCCUCCUUUGAAGAUGGAAGAGGUGGGGAUGCUGGUUGAUACCGGGGAUCUUACCGGGAAAAGUUUGGCAACAUUUGGAGAAGUGAUUGAACUUUUGGCGACAUCGUAAGCGGACAGAAAGCAGAACGCAUAUUUUAAAUUUCAUUUUUUACCAAAAGGGAAAGGUAGCCUUUGUCUACAUUGUUCAGGAUGGGAAUAGAUUGGUUUGAAUUUUCCAGACAGGAACUAAAUAAAGUACUUUUUAUAACCCAG